CAGCCCUCCCUUUGUCUUGUUGGUUAGGAUCUUUCCAGAUCUUUAACCAGGUCAGGGGUUCGAGGGUUGGUAGGAGGAGAAAGAGAGAAAGAGUUGAAAAAAUGUCAGAGGUAUUUCAAAAUACCUCCUUUUUGUUUUUUUCAACAAGAAAGAAAAGGCUUAUCCAAAUUCUGAGCUUCCACUCAUUCAUUCAUUCAUUCAUUCACCCUUAAUCACUGAUUCAUUAACAACCCACGUUGCCCGCCCUUUUUCUAUCUCCUCAAACUUCACCUUCUGUUCCAGGUAGGUGACAGUUAAGUGGCUAAGAGAAGAUAAUUACUGAAGAGCGCCUAAAAAGGGUGUCUGGCAUUGCUAGAUUUGGCUUUUUUUGAAUUAUGGAAUUUUGUAUAUAAGUUGGAUUGGUGAUAGUGUUGCAAAGAAUAAUUAACAUGGCAUUAGUUGCACGAUCGAUAUGUUUAUCCUACGACGAUUUUGCUGGUAUGUGCAACAAUGUUUCACACCCGAAUUUUAAGAAAUGGGUUCGAUUGAGGAAGCCAUUUCUUGUCCAAGAUGAUGUUAGAAUGAAGAUAGGGUUUAAUGAGAGGAAGGUUUCAUACAGUAAGUUUAUUGGAGCUUCAAAAAAAUUCCAUCAUCGAAAUCCAGCAAAAUCAGGUCUUAUUUCAUGUGGGUGGGAAGUGAAAUCCUCGAAGGUUAUGUCCAAUGCCGUCAUUCCUAAGAAAUGGGAUCUCUUGAAGUUGAAGGUUGUAGAAGUGACGGCUGUAGUUGCGUGCACAUUUUUGGUCAUGUCUCCGGCACAAGCUGUUGAUGCUCUUAAAACUUGUACCUGUUUGCUGAAGGAAUGCAGAGUUGAACUCGCCAAGUGCAUUGCAAAUCCAUCUUGUGCAGCCAAUGUUGCUUGCCUGCAGACCUGCAAUAAUAGGCCUGAUGAAACUGAAUGCCAAAUCAAAUGUGGGGACUUGUUCGAGAACAAAGUCGUCGAUGAGUUCAAUGAAUGUGCAGUCUCUCGAAAGAAAUGUGUGCCUCGGAAGUCUGAUGUUGGAGAAUUUCCAGUUCCUGAUCCUAGUGUGCUUGUUAAGAGCUUCAACAUAGCAGAUUUCGAUGGGAAGUGGUUUAUAAGUAGUGGUUUGAACCCAACAUUCGACGCUUUUGAUUGCCAGUUACAUGAGUUCCAUGUGGAAGAUGGGAAGCUUGUUGGAAACUUGUCUUGGCGAAUAAAAACACCAGAUGGUGGAUUUUUCACCCGUUCUGCUGUGCAGAAAUUUGUGCAAGACCCCUCCCAACCGGGGAUACUGUAUAAUCAUGACAAUGAAUAUCUUCACUAUCAAGAUGAUUGGUACAUCCUAUCUUCCAAAACUGAAAAUCAACCAGAUGACUACAUACUUGUAUAUUACCGAGGCAGAAAUGAUGCAUGGGAUGGCUAUGGUGGCGCUUUUCUUUACACAAGAAGUGCAACUGUGCCUGAAACUACUGUGCCAGAACUUGAGAGAGCAGCUCAAAGUGUUGGACGAGACUUCAAUAAAUUCAUCCGGACAGACAAUACCUGUGGGCCUGAGCCUCCGCUUGUUGAGAGGCUGGAGAAGAAGGUGGAGGAAGGAGAGAGAGAAAUCAUUAAGGAAGUAGAGCAAUUUGAAGGAGAGGUGGAAAAGGUUGGGAAGACUGAGAUGACAUUGUUUCAGAGGCUAACAGAAGGUUUUAAAGAACUUCAAAGAGAUGAGGAAUACUUCCUCAAAGAAUUAAACAAGGAGGAAAAGGAAUUACUGGAUCAAUUACAGAUGGAAGCGGGCGAGGUGGAAAAACUCUUUGGACAAUCAUUGCCCAUAAGGAAGCUUCGGUAAAAUUUGAGGCGAAGGUAACGAGCUUGUCAAAUUGUUUGUCAUUGUUCGAAAUGAACCUAUACUUGAAAAGAUUUUAAAUACUUUUACUGGUUUUUUUCUUGCUCACAUACGAUUUGUUAGAUAAUGAAGGUUCAUAUUCUUUUGUGUAUAACUUGGAUCUUCAGAGUAUCCGAUAGAUCUGCUUCUUAAACUUCAAAAGAAUUCCCGGUGUAAGAAAAUACUGGGAGAAAACAUUGAAGAAGCAA